UUGUCUUGGUUGGGUGCACAAAUCUUCUUUUAUGUGUGCUGCUUCUUACCCUGUUGCCUAGACGAUCACUGGCUUUCACUGAGGAUGUCUGGUUCUCGGAAAGACUUUGACGUGAAGCAGAUUUUAAAAAUCAGAUGGAGGUGGUUUGGUCAUCAGGCGUCAGCCCCUAAUUCUGCAAUCGAGAGCCACCAGGGAGACUUCUGGAACAGAGGGCAAAAUGUAACGACCGGUGGCACAAAGUUUUUAGAUUCAAGUGACCUGCCUUUAACAGCAGUUGGUUACAGGAGGUCCAGCCAACAGGAUUUCCAGAACUCACCUCCUUGGCCAAUGGCAUCCACCUCAGAAAUCCCCGCAUUUGAAUUCUCCGCAGAAGAUUGUGGAGGUGCACGUUGGCUUGGCAGACAAGAGACAGAUGAUAGAGCGAGUGAAGAAGAAAAUGAAUCGGACAGCAGUUCGUGCAGCAGAACCUCCAACAGCAGUCAUACCAUAUCAUCUUGUCAAACUAUGGAGCCCUGUACAUCAGAUGAAUUUUUUCAGGCUCUCAAUCAUGCUGAACAAAGUUUUAAAAAGAUGGAGAAUUAUCUUAGACACAAACAGCUGUGUGAUGUGGUGUUAGUUGCUGGUGAUCGUAGAAUUCCAGCUCACAGAUUGGUUCUCUCCUCCGUUUCGGACUACUUUGCAGCAAUGUUUACUAACGAUGUAAGGGAAGCAAGACAGGAGGAAAUCAAGAUGGAAGGUGUGGAACCAAAUGCACUGUGGGCUCUGGUUCAAUAUGCAUAUACAGGUCGCCUUGAAUUAAAAGAAGAUAACAUUGAGUGCCUGUUGUCUACAGCUUGCCUUCUUCAGCUGUCUCAGGUUGUAGAAGCAUGCUGCAACUUCCUCAUGAAGCAGCUUCACCCUUCCAACUGCCUGGGAAUCCGAUCUUUUGCUGAUGCGCAGGGUUGCACUGACUUGCACAAGGUGGCUCACAAUUACACGAUGGAAAAUUUUAUGGAAGUAAUUAGAAACCAGGAAUUUCUAUUGCUGCCAGCCACUGAAAUUGCAAAGCUUUUAGCAAGUGAUGACAUGAAUAUUCCUAAUGAAGAAACGAUACUGAAUGCACUACUUACGUGGGUUCGACAUGAUUUGGAACAGAGAAGGAAAGAUCUCAGUAAACUCCUGGCUUACAUUAGACUGCCUCUUCUUGCUCCACAAUUUUUGGCAGAUAUGGAAAAUAACGCACUCUUUAGGGAUGACAUUGAGUGUCAAAAACUCAUUAUGGAAGCAAUGAAGUACCAUCUGUUGCCAGAGAGACGACCUAUGUUGCAAAGUCCUCGCACCAAACCUAGAAAAUCUACAGUGGGAGUGUUGUUUGCAGUUGGAGGAAUGGAUGCAACAAAAGGAGCUACGAGCAUUGAAAAGUAUGAACUUCGUACCAACAUGUGGACUCCUGUUGCAAACAUGAACGGACGAAGAUUACAGUUUGGAGUUGCAGUCUUAGAUGAUAAAUUGUAUGUUGUUGGUGGCAGAGAUGGUCUGAAAACCUUGAAUACUGUGGAGUGCUACAACCCUAGAACAAAAACUUGGAGCGUAAUGCCACCUAUGUCCACGCAUCGUCAUGGUCUUGGAGUAGCUGUAUUGGAAGGCCCCAUGUAUGCUGUAGGAGGACAUGAUGGCUGGAGCUACCUGAAUACAGUAGAAAGAUGGGAUCCACAGGCUCGUCAGUGGAACUUUGUAGCUAGUAUGUCAACUCCAAGGAGCACUGUUGGUGUAGCAAUAUUAAAUGGAAAACUUUAUGCAGUUGGUGGUCGAGAUGGAAGCUCUUGUCUUAAGUCAAUGGAAUGUUUUGAUCCUCAUACAAACAAAUGGAGCCUCUGUGCUUCGAUGUCAAAAAGAAGAGGUGGUGUUGGUGUAACUACAUGGAAUGGGUUCUUGUAUGCCAUCGGUGGGCACGAUGCCCCAGCAUCAAACUUAACAUCCAGGUUGUCAGACUGCGUAGAAAGGUAUGAUCCAAAAACAGAUAUGUGGACUGCUGUGGCUUCUAUGAGCAUUAGCAGAGAUGCAGUGGGAGUAUGUCUUCUUGGUGACAAGUUGUACGCUGUUGGGGGAUAUGAUGGUCAAACAUACCUUAACACAGUGGAGUCUUACGAUCCCCAGACAAAUGAAUGGACACAGGUUGCACCAUUGUGCUUAGGAAGAGCUGGAGCAUGUGUUGUGACUGUGAAACUAUAGAUUCUUUUCUUUGAGAAGGUGACUUUCUCCACUACGGACUCAGCUGAUAUCUUUUUUCCUCAAGCCAACUAAGAAUAUGAGGUGCGGGAUAUCUACAACAACGAAGUGUUUGGUCUCCGUCUCCAACCUACAUACAUAUAUAUUAUUCUUUUGGACCAAUAUUAAGCACUUUUUAAAGAAUUAUCUUUAUUACCUGCACAUUGGAAGAAUUACAAUCAAAUCAGCUGCAACCAAGAUGUUGCCAGCAAGGGACCUCCAUUGAGGAAAUACAAAGAAAUGAGUGAACUCAUUGUGAACUCAGUGGGAUAAUCAAAUGUUAUUGAUUUAUGGCCUUGACCCCUCAAAUAUGAAGAGAAAUCAUAUUUCAUGCCAUUAAUAUAUACAAUUCCACCAGUGCAAUUGAGGAUACCUCUGGGUGAAGCAAGUUACAGAAUCCGACCCCAUAUAUUUAAUUUGCCUAUAAUAAAUAUGUUUUGCUGUGGGUAUCUGAACUGUUACAGUGCAGGCUGACAAACCAAUGCAAACCAUUGUAAAUGGCAGGCGUAAUGCUUGCCUUAAAAAUGAAGUUAUGUAUUUGGUGAAUAUUUGCACUUUUACCAUCAUUCCUAGUUUAGAAAUAUUUUUUAUUUAACCAAAGCCUUAUUUUAAAUAUUGUCUUAUAAUGCUAAUGGAAAUCUGCUAUUUAAUUAUGUCUGCAAUAGGUUUCUGAAAUCCAGUGUACUACUUGGAUGUUUGAAGGUUUUCCAUAAGAUGCAGAACAUUGUACCUUUGCUCUAAUUUGGUUUUUAUAUCUACGUUGUUAUUUUUAAGGAAUAAGCAUGAGUAACUUAGUGGAAAGAGCUCUAAAUUGUGAUGAGAAGUUAACCAAUUUAAUAAGAGCACUUUGAAUUUUUCCAAGCAUUCCAUUGCAUCUAGACUAAAGAGUCUUAUUUUGGUUCUCAAUGUGUUUUACACGAGGCUUUGCACUAAUGUGAAAGGUAUCAUUUUGUAAGACGAAAUGAAGCAGCAAGGUUACUUCAGAACGCAAAGAGCCAACCCGCCAUUUUGAGUGUGGUCAGCGUCUUGUGGUAGGGCCGUGUACGCCUCACAGGGUUUUAUUUUCUUUCCAAAUGCUUUAUGAUUUGCCUUGUUUGAGCCCUUUGCUCUGCCACACUCUCGUUUGGAGCAGUCUGAAUGUUCUCUGAAGUCUUUCUGUAUUUGCUUUCUGUGCCUUGUUCCUUGUUUCCAAGCAGUGUGUUGCGGCGCGCUGCUUCCUGAGGGAUCCUGGGGCUCUCAGCUCACAGCGUUCCCCAGGAGUCUGCAGUGUCCCACACCCAAAGUCUUUGUACACUUGUAAUUUUAACUUUCGGUGUGUUCAUGCUCUCGACCAACUAUUUAUUGGUUUAAAGGAAAUUACUCAGCGGUGAAACUUCAGUGUUGAAACCUUCUUUGUUUCAAAUUGAAUACAGCUGAACUUAAAUACACUUUCAA